CCCCCGCAUCCCUCCAUUCCCCAACCAUCAUCUCUUUCAAGUUUCAACUCCCAAAUCCCCAUCAGGGAAAAUAGUGCUACCGCAACCUGCUCGUGGUUGCGAGUUUGGUCGGUUGAUCGGACUUUAUUUGCUCCUGUCAAGGCACACUGGCCAUGACGAAGCACGGCGUGGUGGUUGUACCCGAGGACACCGUCGUGGGCGUGGCGGCCGGGCGGCAUUUCUCGUUCCCGCCGCCGAGGACCGGUGACUCGUGCAAGAUGCUGGCCGGGCAGAUCGACCUCGGCGCGGCCAUGAUGGGGUCGUGGCUCGACUCCAUGAAAGCCUCCUCGCCGCGGUACAAGCUCGUGGCGCCAAGGGUCGCCGCAGCUGGAGACGCAGAGCAGGAUGACUGGAUGGAGAAGCACCCGUCGGCAUUGGGCGAGUUCGAGUCGCUGGCGGCGGCGGCGAGCGGGAAACAGAUCGUGAUGUUCCUGGACUACGACGGCACGCUGUCCCCGAUCGUGGAGGACCCCGACAGCGCCGUGAUGACCGACGAGAUGAGGGAGGCGGUGCGCAGCGUGGCGGAGCACUUCCCGACGGCGAUCGUGAGCGGCCGGGGCAGAGACAAGGUGUUCAACUUCGUGAGGCUGGCGGAGCUGUACUACGCCGGGAGCCAUGGAAUGGACAUCCAAGGCCCCACAGCAGACUCCAACCACCACCUCAACACGCCCAGCAAGGGGGAGCAUGCGAGGUCAGUGCUGUGCCAGCCGGCGAGCGAGUUCCUGCCGAUGAUCGGCGAGGUCCACGACCUACUGGUGGAGAAGAUGGCCGCCAUCCCUGGCGCCAUGGUGGAGAACAACAAGUUCUGCUUGUCCGUCCACUUCCGCUGCGUUGACGAGAAGACAUGGGGCACACUGGCGGAGCAGGUCCGGUCGGUGCUCCGGGAGUACCCGAGGCUGCGGCUGACGCAGGGGCGGAAGGUGCUGGAGAUCCGCCCUGUCAUCAAGUGGGACAAGGGCAGGGCGCUCGAGUUCCUCCUCGGCGCGCUCGGCUUCGCGGACCGCCCCGAUGUCUUCCCCAUCUACAUCGGCGACGACCGCACCGACGAGGAUGCGUUCAAGGUGCUGCGCAGCAGGGGCCAGGGCGCCGGCAUCCUCGUCACCAGGUUCCCCAAAGACACCCUCGCCUCCUUCUCCCUCCGCGACCCCGACGAGGUCAAGGACUUGCUGCGUGAGCUGGUCAUCUCCAAGAGCUAGCUCAGAUCCUCUGAGAAGGGAAGAAGUGACAUUAUCUAACUCGGCAAUUGCUCUCGUGGUCUUUCUCAACUGCUCGGUGGCAGCGAAAGGCAGAAGAGGAGUUUGUGUAUCUUCAUUAUUUUCUUACUUGUAGGACAUUUUUGUUCUUUCUUCCGAUUCCCUGUAUCUUUAUUUUUUGUUUGUUUGCUGCUGUUCCGAGAGCCUCGCUUCUCAAGGGUUCUAUUAUCCUCCCCUGUUCACGAGGUCUUGUAAUUAGUGUUAGCCCCUU